UGUCUGGAGAUGGAGCGAAGGAUAUCCUCAUGAGGUCCAGGCUCUCCGGAGACGACUUGUCGCAGAUAUGGUUGGAUAUGCUAUCGUUUGGUUCAUUGCACUGCUAAUCUUUGUAGGACAUUAUCUGACACAACUAAGUCUGGACAGUUACUAUUUCCCGAAUUUGCUGUCUCCAUGUACCUAUGCAACUUGAAGAUGAAUGGAAAGGCAUUACCCUCGAGCCUCCCCGAGCGCAUCAAGAACGAGGUGUCCAGCAUGGUUGAUAUAAUCUCUUUUGGGGUACCUGACGACGCUCCGCCGGCCGCUCAACCACGAUCUAAUGCGCCUCGAUUCGAUGAGCCUCGUACAAAUACUGCAACGCCCCCUACUAUCCAACAACCUCAACCACAGACCUCAAACAGCCAACUCCUAUCGACGCUAGUAACUCAACCGACAGGCAUGGUGCCACAAAUGACGGGCUACCCGGGUCAACAAAGCGGUUUCGGGGGACACCAGCAAAGUGGGAUUCGAUCACAGGCCACCGGGUUCUUGGGAGGUAUGCCACAAGCGACUGGCUACGACGGCCCACGUCCACCGAUGCCUCCGAUGCCAACAGGUUUUGGAGGCUCUGGUCUUGCUCCCCAGCAAACGGGGUUCAUGACAGCUCCGCUAAAUGCACAGCCAACUGGUAUGCCUGGUCAGUGGGGUCUUGUCAACGCACCAGCAUCUGGUCUUCCGAACAUUGAUAAUCUGCGCCAACAAAUGAUGCCUCAGGCUGGGCGAGAAGGAGGAUUCUCGAGUGCGGGUCUUUCCGGAAAUGCGACUGUGCCAUGGGCUGUUACGAAAGACGAGAAAAAGAUAUACGACGACUUGUUUAAGGCCUGGGAUGGUUUCGGUAAAGGUUUCAUCAGCGGCGAGCAAGCGCUUGAGAUCUUUGGGCAAAGUGGUCUUCAAAAGCCAGAUCUUGAAAAGAUCUGGACCUUGGCCGAUUCAAACGACCGUGGUCGACUGAAUCUAGAUGAAUUUGCUGUUGCCAUGCACUUGAUUUACAGGAAGCUCAACGGUUAUCCAGUGCCAAAUCGUCUUCCCCCGGAACUCGUACCGCCAUCCACCAAAAAUAUUAAUGAUUCAAUCGGUGCCAUGAAAGGCUUGAUAUCACGCGAUGCUGAAGAACGCAAGAACACAGGUGCAUUCUUACAGCCUCAGAGGACCGGUGUUAGCUAUUUGAAAACGCAUUCUUUCCGUGGUAGCAGUCCAGCUCAAGGUGGUCGCAAGGACGCUACUGUCUUCCGUAACAACGAUGAAAUGCCGAGCUAUCAGUCGAGUGCUCGCCGACGUCUUGGUGCAGGAGGACGGUCACCUUCUCCGGCUACACCUUCUUCGCCUGGGUCCGACAGGUCCGUAGAAGAAAUGUCGAUUGAUCAAUUGCGCAAGACUAUUCGUGAGAAGCAGAUAUUACUCGACGCUAUGGAUAUCGAGGACGAAGACCGUGCAGAUGCAGACGAGGCGCUCGAUCGAAAGGACAAGCGCGAAGCUGACGAUCUCUACCGUCGGAUUCGACGAAUCCAAGAGGACAUUGACAGCCAUCCAAAUGCUACUAUGCGAUCUGGCGACUCCGAUGCCGAACGACGUACACUCAAGCGGCAACUACAAGGCUUGACCGACAAGCUUCCUGAGCUUGCUUCGAACGUCAGGCGCACUGAACGGGCUAUCGCUGAAGCGAAGCUCGAACUGUUCCGACUCAAAGAUGCAAAAGCCAAUCCAAGCUCUGCAUCAAAAAUCAUCGGAACAGGUCCUGGAGGUGCAGUCACGGAGUCAGAUCGUCUCAAGGCUCGUGCCAAAGCUAUGAUGCAAGCCCGGUCUGCUGCUCUGACAGGAAAGCCAGCACCAGAGGAUGAUUCUGAUGCAGCUGGCCGUCGCCUUGAGCAAGAAAACUCUCGCAUUCGUACGGAACGCGAAAACAAUGAACGCAUGAUCCGUGACGUUGAGGAGAGCGUUGGAACUUACAGCCAAGGCCUGGAAGACAGUCUAAAGGAGGGAGGCCAUGAUGCUAGCAGCGAACAUGAGCGUCGCCGUUGGCAUGACGGACUCGGCGUUGAAGAUGAGGUUCGUGAUUUCAUUUACGACCUUCAACGAUCAGCCCGGUCGGCCAGAGUCCGCAAGGAAGAUACACGAGAACCUCGUGGUCGGUACGAAGGUUCGCGCGUUGAUGAUCGGACGACUAGAGCUCCUGAAACUUCUCGAACUCGUGAGGUCGAGUCACCACAACCUUCUGCCUCGCCUGCGCCAUCCGGUGGCUCAUCUUACUCAUCAUACAAGACUGCCGAAGAGCGUGCUGCCUUCAUCAAACAACAAGCAGAACAGCGCAUGGCUGAACGUCUUGCUGCCCUCGGGCUACGCGCGCCAAGCAAACCAGGUGAGACAGCUCAGCAGCGAGCUGAGCGAGAAAAGAAAGAGCGCGAAGACAAGAUCCGUCAAGCUGAAGAAGAAGAUGCCAAGCGCGAGCAGGAGAGGCAGCGAAGGCUUGAAGAUGAGUCAAUUGCUCCACCGUCAGCCUCAAAAUCAUCUGCAAAGAAACCCCCGCCACCACCUUCAAGAAAGAACAAGGCCGAUGUCGCCCAGCAUGACGCAAAGCCAGCUGAAGCCGAGCAGAAGCGUGCCGAGCAGGUAGCAGCCGAGCAAGCCUUAAGGGAUCAACAAGAUGCUCAAGAAAAGGAAAGAAUCGAGCUAGAGGAUGAGGAAAAACGCCAAGAAGCAGAGUUGACACAGGAACGUGAAGCAGCACAGGCAAGACUGCGAGCUUUGGAAGAACAGGUCAAGCAAGGUAAGAUCAAGAAAGAAGAGGAGAAACGGAGAAAGCAAGCCGCUUCGCGUGACGCAAAGGAGAAAGAGUCUCGUCUUGCAGCGCAACGCGCUGAAUUGGAGGCUGCACGAGAAAGAGAGCGACAACUUCAAUUGCAACUUGAAAGUAUAGGUGAUGAGGAUUCCUCUGACGAUGAAGGACCACAAGCCAUCACUCCUCAGGACUCUACGCCGACUGCAAGUCAAGAACUACCAAGAGACGUCCCUGUUGCUCCACCAAUGCCUCCGGUGCCCAGUGCCAGCACGCCAUCCUCAACUGUCACUAGUCCUCCGGUGUCGAUCAUUGCUAGCCCACCGCCUGGAGUCAAAGCCGACACUGAGACAAAGAAUCCUUUUCUCAAAAAGAUGGCGAACGAUGCCAACACUGCGCAGGCUACUCCAGCGGCAGUACCAGAGGUGUCAACCAAUCCGUUCUUUAGGCUGACACAGGAGAACGCUGCGAAAGCUGCUGAGGCUCCCGUGCAUACCGGUCCUCCGGCUCGUAUGACUCGUGGUCGACAAGACGAUGACGACUGGUCCGCCGCUGACUCUGGGGACGACUCAUCUGAUGACGAUGAUGAUGACCGUCCGACGGGAGGUUCUGCCAAACAGCUUGCUUCUAUCUUGUUCGGGACAAUGGGACCGCCGCGACCACUAUCUGCCAUGGACGACAAGAGCUCACGUACUGACAGCCCAUCUGUCUCUUCCCCAAUCGCUCCACCUCCAGCGCCUCCAAUGCCAUCCGGUGCGGCUCCACCUCCUGCACCUCCACCUCCCCCUCCGAUGCCAGGUGCGAGUGGUCCGCCUGGGCCUCCUCCCCCACCGCCAAUGCCGACUGGAGGGGCUCGACCCGCCAUUGGUGCACAAGACCGUGGCGCUCUUCUCGGACAGAUCCAAGCUGGAAAGGGUUUACGCAAAGUUGAAACAAAGGAUCGCAGUACUGCUUCCACUGCUGGCCGAGUGCUAUAGAUCUUUUGCAAUGCUACCACAACUACACAUUGUAUGGAUAUUUAAAUCGUUUUGUCCGGUCAGAAACCAGUGUGGUCAUGUCACGUCGCUCUCUCGUAAUUCCCCCUUUUCCGUGUCUACGAGAAGAGUGUAUACGAGGGUUUCAUGUCCAUGACGACUCAUGGGUUUAUUAGCUCUAGACAAACUUCCUAGUCAAGUGUGUUCUACACAAACAUACAAGAGACUGUUAACACGCGUGAGUAUCAUCUCUGACAUCUCUUUCGUUUGCGUCACCGCCAUCGUUGUCAUCACCGUCGAAAGCGUAGCAGUGUGAGGGC